AUGCGUCGUGCGGCCGCCUUUCCGCUCCCCGUCAGGGUGAUGACGAACUUCGCUGGCGCUGCUCGAUCUUGUAGUGCGGCGGCUCCUGAAUCUGCUGCUCCUCUGCCGCCCCCACGGAAACCCGCGCAGGUGCAGUCACUUGUGCGCAACAUGAAGCCACGGGAGUUGAUGCAGGAGUUGGACAACUACAUCAUUGGCCAGAAGGACGCCAAGAAGGCUGUAGCUGUCGCUCUGCGUAAUCGUUGGCGCCGCCACCAGGUGGAGCCGGAGAUAGGCGAGGAGAUUGCGCCCAAGAACAUUCUGAUGAUAGGGCCCACCGGUGUCGGUAAGACGGAAAUUGCGCGUCGUCUGGCGAAGUUGGUGGAUGCACCGUUCGUGAAGGUAGAGGCGACAAAGUUUACUGAGGUGGGCUUCCACGGCCGGGACGUGGAGAGCAUCAUCGAGGACCUUUACAAGGCGUCGCUGUCGCAGACGAAGCAGAACAUAAUGCGGCAGCACGAGGAGGAGGCGCGACAGAAGGCGGAGGAUCGCAUCCUCAAGGCUCUGGCCGGCGUGUCGGACAGCUUCCGCGAGCAUCUCCGCAGCGGCGCCCUCGACGACAUCGAGGUUAUGGUGGAGCUGCAGGAGAAGAAGGAGAAGCCCAAGUCGGCGGCCGGCGAGGGUGUCUUCAUCUCCUUUGACAUCUCCUCUGCGAUGGGGGGGCAGCGGCCGCAGACGGUCAAGAAGGUGCUGAAGAUUAAGGAUGCACUCCCCGCCGUACUGCAGGAGGAGCUUGACAAGAUGGUAGAGACAGAUGAUGUCUCUGCUGAGGCACUUCGUGCAUGCGAGGAAGACGGCAUUGUCGUCAUUGACGAGAUCGACAAGAUCGUGACGGCGGCGGGUGGCUACAAGGGCCACCAGGCCUCUGCGGAGGGCGUGCAGCAGGACCUGCUCCCGCUUGUCGAGGGCACCACCGUGUCGACGAAGUUCAAUGUGCAGAUUAAAACGGACAAGAUCCUCUUUAUCUGCAGUGGCGCCUUCCACAACGUGAAGCCGUCGGACAUGCUGGCGGAGCUGCAGGGACGACUCCCCAUCCGCGUAGAGCUGAAGCCGCUCACUACAGAGGACUUCCAUCGCAUCAUCACGGAGCCCAAGUAUAACCUCAUCAAGCAGCACAUCGCGAUGAUGCAGACGGAGGGUGUCGAGCUUGUUUUCACUGAUGACGCGUUGUGGGAGAUUGCCUCGAUUGCUGCACAUAUUAAUUCCACUGUGCAAAAUAUCGGCGCGCGUCGCCUUAUCACCAUCACGGAGAAAGUUGUGGAAGAGAUCAGCUUUGACGGCCCUGACCGGCGGGGCGAGAAGUUUGUCAUUGACGCGGCGUAUGUGAAGAAGUCUGUGGAUGGGAUGAUGAAGAAGGUGGACAUCAAGAAGUUCAUCCUAUAG